CACUGGGCAGGCCUUUACAGGAAUUCUGUGGAUCUGAAACUUAUUUUUCUGUUAGAGAAAGCUGGAAGACUUCAGGUGUUCAAAAUGUCCAUCGCCCAGGCAGCGGCCAAGGCCAUGCUAUCUGAUGCCCUGCUCCAGGAGGGCUCUGGGAUGAACCGGUUCAGCCACCUGGAGCUGGAGCUUCCUCUGGACAAGGUCAUCAAAUUUGUGUCUGUCGGCCUUCCACUGAUGCUGGUGUGCAUGGCGUUUGCCCGCGAGAUCUCCCUGGGGCCCCAGAUCAGCUGUUUCCCUCCGAGCAAUUUCACCAUCAAGCAGGCCAGCUACGUCGACACGUACUGCUGGGACUCUCUCAUGCAUCAUGAGUUUGACAGCGAAGGGAACUUCGAGGAGCGCUCUCUCUGGGUUCACAAAAUGUUCCCUUACUCCCUUCUGGCCAUGGCGGUGCUGAUGUACCUGCCAGCUCUGAUCUGGCGCCAGCUCGUCAUGCCCACACUGAGCUCAGACCUGCUCUUCAUAAUUGACGAACUAGACAAGUCAUACAACCGUUCGAUCCGACUGGCCCAGAGCAUUCUAGAUAUGCGGCAGAACACCAAGAACCCCCUCACAUUUCAGGCUGAGCUGCAGAGGGCCAAGAAGAAGCGAUACUUUGAGUACCCUCUACUGGAGAGAUACAUGCAGUGCAAGCAGAACUCCUACUUCCUCGUUAGCAUGCUUUUCUUGCGGGGCUUCCUCCUCCUGACCUUCAUGACCGCUGCCUGUCUCUACUUGGCCUACUUCCACCUCUCCGCCUUCCUGCAGGACGAGUUCAGCUGCUUUGUCCGCACGGGCAUGCUGCGUGACCAGAACUGGGUUCCGGAGCUGGUUCAGUGUAAAAUGAUUGGCCAGCUGGUCUUUCAGGUGAUAAGUGUGGCCAAUGGCGCAAUUUACGUCCUGUUGGCUCCCAUUGUUCUUUUCAGCUUGAUCCGGCUCUUCGUUUGGGACACCACCUUCAUCUCCAUCUAUGAGGUGCUUCCAGCUCUGGAUAUCAUCAACCGCCGUCGGCUUGGCUGCCCGCUGAAUGACCUCAAUGUCCUUCUGCUGUUCCUGCGUGCCAACGUAGUGCACUUGAAGUCUUAUGGAAAAGUGAGGGCAUUGUGUUCACUGGCGCCGCCACAGGUGGGCAACACCACAGCAGGGCAAGGCUUACAUGCAAUGUUAACCCAAGAAGAGAUAGAGGAACGUGAAGAGGCUGCGUUGGAGCUGGCAGAGGAGGUGCAGGAGGCCAAGGAGGAGGGGAAAUUCAACUUAGUGGAUAUCAUGACUAUUCUGGGAGCAGCACAAGGACGAGUGGUAAACUGCAGCGAGAAGAGGCCUCUCGUGGAGGAGAAUAUGAGUCUGGAGCCAAACCACCAGGGGUACCAUGAGUUGAAGGAGACAGCACCAUUUAGUCAUUACUAGGCCUCCUAUGGACUGAAUCAAUGUGAUAACAGUGAGGGGGGGUUGGCACACAGUAGAUUUUCAAGAGUACUGUACACAAAGACUGCUGACACCAUUCAUGGGUUUUUGCCAUCUGGAGACAAAAAAAAGCCUCUUUUAGAAUUACAGGGCAAUAGUUCUGGCUGGAAAUGUCAGUGGAUUUGUCAUUUUUAAGCAGCUGCAGAUCUGUAGCUGCCACAGACAUUUCCUUCUGUCUGGAUUUUAAGAAGCCAAGGAACCAUGCAAGUGAAAUGACUAUUAUCAUCAUAGUGCAAGAAGACAGACUGGUAAAUCUCAACUAAGGCUGACCCCACAGUAACUAACUAUAUGUCACCAUGACUUUCUUAUCAUGUGCAUCUGUGUGUUCUGAAAAUAUACAAUAUACUGUAUAUAUCAGUCAAGUCAUGUUUUAUGGAUUCUAUCAGCAGUAACAUCCUGCAACUUAUAUUUAAUGAACUUAAGGUAAAAUGAACGAAUAUUGUAAUUAACAUACUCACUUUUUGCUUUCUUCUAUUUUUAUUUACUUUUAUAUGAGAUGAAAAGAAUCUUUAUGUAUUAUUUGUACUUUUGA